GAAACACAAUGGGCUUUGUGUUGAAUGCAAAAUAUAGUGAUAGGCAGCAGCAGCAUUCCUUUGUUUAAAGAUAAAGACGUUCUUUGCUUUCUACUUUAGUUUGCAAUGGGCAACGGCCAAAACUAUUGGGUCAAGGCAAAGACAUUCGUCUUUUUCAGCUUGAUUUGCAUUUCGUGUUUCGGACGCGCUAAAGCACAGUGCCCCAGCGACAUCGGGGGGGAGGCGGUGGCAGAAGGUAAACAACAAGCGAGCUUAACUGGUCAGCUCAAAUUUGCGCACGUGAUAUUUCGACAUGGCGAUCGAAUGCCCAUAAAUCCGUAUCCAACGGAUCCGUGGGGCAACCCCAAGUACUGGCCUACGGCCUGGGGUGAGCUGACAAAUCUUGGCAAACAACAGCAUUACGAGUUGGGUAAAUGGCUGAGGAAACGAUACAACUGCCUGUUGGGCAGCAGAUACAACCGAGAUGAGAUCUAUAUGCAGUCUACGGAUGUGGAUCGUACACUGAUGAGUGCCGAAUCCCAUUUGGCUGGUCUAUACGAGCCGAUUGAUCAGGAUGUGUGGAAUCCACAAAUCAAAUGGCAACCAAUUCCUGUGCAUUCCGUACCAGAGAAGGCUGAUCCGAUUCUCGCUGCGAAGGCUCCGUGUCCAGCUUUUGACUAUUAUCUAGCUAACUUGCAAGCAUCUUCGGAAUUUCAGUCACUAAUAGAACGCUAUGAAAAUCUAUUUAACUAUCUGAGCGCAAAUAGUGGCCGACAAAUAAAAACAUUUAUUGAUGCACAAUAUUUGAACAAUACACUGUUCAUCGAGACGCUAUACAACAAAACACUGCCAGUGUGGGCACAAAAGGUUUAUGGAGGCGCCAACUUGACGUGGGCCUCGAAUUUUGCAUUCUCGGUUAAUACGUAUACCCGGACAAUGGCGCGUCUCAAGGGUGGUCCACUGCUGAAGGAUAUUCUGGAGCGUUUCGAGAUCAAAAUUAAAAAUCAAUUGAUACCGGAUCGAAAUGUGUUUAUAUAUAGUGCACACGAUACCACAAUUGCCAACUUGUUGAAUACACUCAAGCUCUUUGAGCCUCACAGUCCACCAUAUACGGCGUGCAUAAUGUUGGAAUUACGUGUGGAUGCCAAUAAUAUGCCGUUGGUGUCGGUGUUUUACAAGAACACCACAGCGGAGCCGCUGCCCAUGAAUAUACCCAAUUGUGGUGUCUCCUGUCCACUUGCCAAACUCAUUGAUCUCUAUGCGGAUGUGUUGCCAGGAAAUUGGGUUGAUGAGUGCAAAAGAUCCACACUGACGAUGACGUAUGAGGAAGCCAAUUUGGCAGCAGCAUCAGGCAUUCUCAUUUGCAUCAUUGGUGUUCUACUCUGCGCCAGCUUUGGCCUAAUGAUCUACUAUCGUCGUCGCAAUUACAGCAUGUACACUUCGUAUGCUCAAAUGGCAUAGAUAAUGACUUGGAUGGCUUGCAAAAAAGACUUUGUUUAAUAUUUGAAAUCAUAUGUAUAUAUAGUUUAUAGACAUUAAGCAUAUGUAUAACUAAUUUCGUUUGUUGCCAUUCUUUUGAUGCCACAAACUGUUAAUUAUUGGGCAUUUGGCUAUUAAGUUGAUUCUCUGAUCUUGUUGUUGCUUAUUCUGUUGAACGAUGGAAAACAAAGACUGUGAAUAGUUACCCUGAAGUUUCUUACACACAUUUUUUUACAUAUGUGUGCAUCUUGCGAAUAUAGACUAUAUAUAUACAUAUAGCAUGCAUGUGUAUAACUAAGUAUAUAUCUAUAUAUAUCUGCAUUUACGAGUAUAGGCUUUUAUGAAAUUAUCUUGUUGUACAAAAAACAAAAACAUAUUUUAUGAAUUGUAAUAAAAUGAAGAAAAAAAAACGAGCUCAAAAUGAAAA